AUGGAGGUCGAAGAAGAUGGCCGUCUGGUUUUCGAGGUCAACGGGGAGAGUUUCGAGGUCCACGAGAUUGACCCCUCGACCACUUUGCUCGACAUUAAUGGCUGCUCGAUUACAACAAGUGAAGGCCUUGGAAACAGUAAAGACGGGUUCCACCCGAUCCAUCAAAGGUUCGCUGGCUUCCAUGCUUCUCAAUGCGGGUUUUGCACACCUGGAAUGUGCGUGUCCCUUUUCUCGGCACUCGCCAAUGCCGAAAAGCAAAACAAUCGUGCAAAAUCGUCCGCUGGGUUUUCCAAGCUGACAACUUCAGAAGCAGAAAAGGCUAUUUCUGGAAAUCUUUGUAGAUGUACCGGUUACAGGCCCAUUGCCGAUGCCUGCAAGAGUUUUGCAGCAAAUGUUGACUUGGAGGAUUUGGGGGUUAAUUCUUUCUGGAAAAAGGGAGAUUCAAACGAAGUCAAGAUUAGUAAAUUACCGUCCUACGAUCCAAAGGAUCAUGCCUGUGCAUAUGCUGAAAAAUUGGGAGAUGGGUUCAAGUCUGGGGGCCUUUGGAACUCUGAUAAAUGUUCAUGGUACAGUCCUGUAACAGUUGACGAGCUUCAAAAGUUGUUGAAUUCUGAUAUGGUUGAAAAUGGGGCAAAGAUCAGAUUAGUUGUUGGCAACACAGCAAACGGGUACUACAAAGAAACAGAAAAAUACGACAAAUACAUUGAUCUGAGGUAUACUCCUGAGCUUUCAGUGAUUAGAAGGGAUGAGUCGGGUAUCGAAUUUGGAGCAGCUUUGACAAUUUCCAAAGUCAUCUUUUAUCUGAAAGAGAAAAGUGAAGUGAGCUUAGGUUCAAGUGGAAAUAUGGUGUUCGCCAAAAUUGCUGACCAUUUAGAAAAGCUUGCUUCUGGCUUUGUCCGGAACUCAGCGAGCAUUGGUGGAAAUUUGGUUAUCGCACAGAGGAAAUGUUUCCCUUCAGAUGUUGUCACACUACUUCUGGCUGUGGGUUCUAGUGUAAGCCUGCUGACAGGUCAUAAACAUGAAAAAAUCAAAAUUGAGGAGUUCUUGAAGAGACCUCCCUUGGAAUCGAAAACGGUCCUUCUGACUGUUCACAUCCCUUUCCUGGAACCAAAGACAGUUGAUGGAUCAAUUCAAACUAGCUCAAGAUUGUUUUUCGAAACCUACCGUGCGGCACCACGGCCUCUCGGGAAUGCAUUGCCCUAUCUCAACGCGGCCUUCUUAGCUGAUGUUAGCUCCAGUUCAAAUGGGGUUUUAGUAAACAAUAUCCAGCUGGCUUUUGGCGCGUACGGAACGGACCACGCAACAAGAGCAAGGAAAGUCGAGGAGUAUUUGAACGGGAAAAUUCUUAGUGUAGAAGUUCUGAAUGAAGCUGUCAAAUUGGUGAAAGGUGAUGUGGUGUCUAAAGAAGGCACGUCACAUUCUGCUUACAGGUCAAGCUUAGCAGUCGGUUUUCUUUUCGAGUUUCUUAAUAGCUUUUCCAGUGUGGGUUCCGAACUAUCCAGUGCUAAAAGUGUGAAUGAGGGCAAAAUUAGUCAAAUAGAGGAACCCCCAUUGUUGUCAUCAGCUAAGCAGAUUGUGACAUCUAGUAAAGACUAUCAUCCGGUGGGUGCACCUAUGACAAAAUUUGGUGCUGCCAUGCAAGCUUCUGGUGAAGCUAUUUACGUAGACGACAUUCCUUCACCCCCAAACUGUUUGCAUGGAGCAUUUGUAUGCAGCAUCAAGCCUGUGGCUCGAGUGAAAGGCAUUUCUUUUAAGUCUCACCCACAACAAGCUGAAGUGGCUGCUGUUAUCUCUGUCAAAGAUAUCCCAAAAGAAGGCGAAAACGUAGGAAGUAUGACCGCGUUAGGUGUCGAACCUUUAUUUGCUGAUGAUGUCACUAGAUUUGCUGGUGAUCUCAUUGCUUUCGUGGUUGCAGAGACACAAAAGAAAGCGAAUUUGGCGGCAAAAACUGCUGUAAUUGAUUAUGAUACAGAAGGCUUAGAUCCACCUAUAUUAACAGUUGAAGAUGCUGUUGAACGAUCGAGUUUCAUCGAUAUUCCUCCUUUUAUAUACCCUGCAAAAGUUGGCGAUUUCUCAAAAGGAAUGGCUGAAGCUGAUCACAAGAUUCUCUCAGCUGAGAUAAGAUUAGGUUCACAAUACUACUUUUACAUGGAGACCCAAACCGCACUCGCAAUCCCAGAUGAAGACAACUGCAUUGUGGUCUACAGUUCGAGUCAAGCUCCCGAGUUUGCUCAUAGAGUAAUUGCAAGAUGUCUAGGUGUUCCCGAUCAUAAUGUCCGUGUCCUUACAAGAAGAGUCGGCGGAGGUUUUGGCGGGAAAGCAAUAAAAGCAAUGCCAAUUGCCACUGUCUGUGCUCUCGCGGCUCAUAAACUACGUCGUCCGGUCAGAAUUUACAUGGACCGAAAAACCGACAUGAUGAUCGCCGGAGGCAGACACCCGAUGAAGAUAACCUACACUGUCGGAUUCAAAUCAGAUGGCAAGCUCACGGCCUUACACCUGGACGUGCUCAUCGAUGCCGGCAUAACCCACGACAUAAGCCCCGCGAUCCCGAGCAACAUGGUGGGGCCCCUCAAGAAAUACAACUGGGGCGCACUCUCCUUCGACAUCAAAGUGUGCAAGACAAACCUCCCGAGCAGAUCCGCCAUGCGGGGCCCGGAUUACGUGAGGAACAGGAAUCUCCACACGCACGAGAGUCUGAAGGUGUUUUAUGGAGACCCGUCGGGAGAAUUGUUCGAGUACACUCUGCCUUUGAUUUGGAAUAAGGUGGGGCAGUCAUCGGGGUUUGAGCAGAGGGUGAGGGCAGUCAAGCAGUUUAACCGGUCUCAUAUGUGGCGAAAGAGGGGCAUAUCCCGAGUCCCGAUUGUGUACGAUGUUUUGGUGAGGCCGAGUCCUGGGAAAGUGAGCAUACUUUGGGAUGGGUCUGUGGUCGUGGAAGUUGGGGGCAUAGAAUUGGGGCAGGGGCUUUGGACGAAGGUGAGACAGGUGGCGGCAUAUGCUCUUGGUGGGAUCGGGUGUGAAGAUUUGGUGGAGAAAAUUCGGGUUGUGCAGGCGGACACGUUGAGUGUGGUGCAGGGAGGGUUUACGGUAGGUAGCACGACUUCUGAGUCGAGUUGCGAGGCUGUUAGGCUGUGCUGUAACGUUUUGGUCGAGAGAUUGGCCUCGCUUAAGAAAGAGUUGAUGGAGGAAAGAGGUUCUGUGAAAUGGGGUGAUCUGAUUCUCCAGGCACAUUAUCGAACUGUGAAUUUGGCAGCAAAUUCUUACUUUGUGCCCGACUCAAGUUCUAAUAGAUACUUGAACUAUGGUGCUGCAGUAAGUGAGGUGGAGGUAAGUAUCCUAACUGGUGAGACAAUAAUAUUAAGAACAGACAUCGUGUAUGAUUGCGGCCAGAGCAUGAAUCCAGCUGUGGACUUGGGACAGAUUGAAGGGGCAUUUGUACAAGGGCUCGGAUUUUUCAUGCUAGAAGAAUACCCGUCCAAUUCGGAUGGUCUGAUGGUUGCUGACGGGACAUGGACGUACAAGAUCCCGACCAUUGACACUAUCCCUAAAGAAUUCAACGUCGAAAUACUAAACAGCGGACAUCACCAGAAACGCGUCCUCUCGUCUAAAGCUUCUAGUGAGCCGCCGCUGCUUCUGGCGGCAUCAAUGCACUGUGCCAUGCGGGCAGCAAUUAAGGAUGCAAGAAAACAGCUCAAGUCGUGGGGAGGAUUGGAAGGCACUGAGUCGACAUUCCAGCUGGACGUGCCAGCUACUAUGCCUGUCGUUAAGGAGCUUUGCGGUCUCCACUCGGUUGAGACUUAUUUGCGCGCGUUGCUCUCCAACCACCACUAG